UAAUAAGACCAGCAGGGGGAAACGAACAGAAGGGAAGCACAGAGACAAGACAUGAUAACCAAUGAUAAAACAUGACAAUUCCAGCCACUGCACUGAGCCCGUCCUCCUAAAGCUCCUCCCACCGGCCUAUUCUGCUCUGUCUUCAUAUAAUGGACCUUGGACGACAUAAUAAUGUGUUACUUUCUUGUUAAUGACGAAGAUUUGAUGGUACCUAUGAUGAAUACUUUUGGACAGAGCCAGCCAGCUACAGUGGAGUGUUUUUUACAUACUGCACUAUAACCACUUGUUGUAAAGCAGACUGUGUACAUGUGUCUGACCGACCGUUUCUCUGUUUGGAUGGAUUGACUUAGGGAUUGGAAUUCUGUGAUGAUCACUCAAAUAGCUUUUUCUCUCCCCCCUCUCAUCUCAUUCUCUUUCUUCUCACCUCCCACCUUCUUUCUCUCCCUUCUCACACAGUGCCUCUCUUCCCACUCCCUCUCUCAGUUCUCUCUGCCUCCCAGGCUAUUUUUCAUGGUAUACUAUUAAUCUGUUAUGAAGAUCUGCAAAUUGUUCUCCAAUGCUUUUUUUUGGCAUUGUGGCAAUGACAGAGCUUCAUCAUACUGCAAAAUGAUUGGGAUAUUGUGGGAAUGUUGUGGAAGGCCUUUGCUGAUGAAAAUCUUACAGCCAGGGAGGAAGGAUGUACUUCAACUUAGUUCAAAUAAUUGUCAAGGCUCUCAGUCUUAGACCACUGUGGGGGUGGGGGAGGUGUGUGUGUGUGUGUGUGUGUGUGUGUGUGUGUGUGUGUGUGUGUGUGUGUGUGUGUGUGUGUGUGUGUGUGUGUGUGUGUGUGUGUGUGUGUGUGUGUGUGUGUGUGUGUGUGUGUGUGUGUGUGUGUGUGUGUGUGUGUGUGUACACGCACGAUAAAGAAGGUCUUCUUGGGCUUAUUCAACCAGAUGGAAACUGAUAGAAACAUAUUGUAUAGAGCUGAUUCAAUGCUUUACACCACAUGAUAUUAAAAACAUUGUCUCUUGUACAGCAAUAUAUUUCUAUCUACAGACUGAAUAGGCCCCUUUAGGGAUGAGUGGAGAUGUUUUGAUACGGUCUGCGCUCGUCAAUAGCCGACAUCGAAAGUGCAAUCAAUGAGGAGAUUGGAGAGAUUUAUGACUCCAGAGACAAGGUCAUACACUAGAACUGAGGUCUUCAGCCUAUGACUGUGCACUAGAACUGAGGUCUUCAGCCUAUGACUGUACACUAGAACUGUUGUCUUCAGCCUAUGACUGUGCACUAGAACUGAGGUCUUCAGCCUAUGACUGUGCACUAGAACUGAGGUCUUCAGCCUAUGACUGUACACUAGAACUGAGGUCUUCAGCCCAUGACUGUGCACUAGAACUGAGGUCUUCAGCCUAUGACUGUACACUAGAACUGAGGUCUUCAGCCUAUGACUGUGCACUAGAACUGAGGUCUUCAGCCUAUGACUGUGCACUAGAACUGAGGUCUUCAGCCUAUGACUGUACACUAGAACUGAGGUCUUCAGCCUAUGACUGUGCACUAGAACUGAGGUCUUCAGCCUAUGACUGUGCACUAGAACUGAGGUCUUCAGCCUAUGACUGUGCACUAGAACUGAGGUCUUCAGCCUAUGACUGUACACUAGAACUGAGGUCUUCAGCCUAUGACGGUGCACUAGAACUGAGGUCUUCAGCCUAUGACGGUGCACUAGAACUGAGGUAGCAAAGAAACACGUCCAUUAGGCAUGACCUUUUUGGUUUCUGAGGGAGGAAAUUCGGGAGGACACACAGGAACUGACAUGAUCCCGUUCAGAACCAUAGAGUUCAGAACACUCAAGUAGGAGGACUGCAGUAGUUAUCAAAGCCGGUCCUGGCGGAUCCCUUUGUAUCCAGGUUUUCCUUCCAACCUUCACACAAUUAUAUUCCAUUGAUCUGAUAUGCACUACAUUAUUCAAUUGAUAGAUUGGGUGAAAAACCUACAAGAGUCCUCUUGGACUGGUUAUGAACCUCUGUUAAAUAGGUUACGUGUGAAAAGGCCAAGAAAUAUUGUGAUACAUUUUGUGACACAAGGUAGUGCUCUGAUAAAGAGGGUACCAUGUGAUCUUGUGUAGGGAUCCCUGGUUUUACACUGUCGUAUUUGUCGGUGUGACUGCCCGCAGUAACAUUCCAAUGCAAAGAGAGAACUAACCACUUUUACUCACGACGACUUCACUCACUUUCAAUGGACACCCUUCGCAAUGCCACCGGACAAAAUUUGCACAACCCCUCCCAACACCCUUACUCCCCCUCUCUCUCCUCCCAACACUCUUACUCCCCCUCUCUCUCCUCCCAACACCCUUACUCCCCCUCUCUCUCCUCCCAACACCCUUACUCCCCCUCUCUCUCCUCCCAACACUCUUACUCCCCCUCUCUCUCCUCCCAACACCCUUACUCCCCCUCUCUCUCCUCCCAACACUCUUACUCCCCCUCUCUCUCCUCCAAACACUCUUACUCCCCCUCUCUCUCCUCCCAACACCAUUACUCCCCCUUUCUCUCCUCCCAACACCCUUACUCCCCCUCUCUCUCCUCCAAACACCCUUACUCCCCCUCUCUCUCCUCCCAACACCCUUACUCCCCCCCUCUCUCCUCCCAACACCCUUACUCCCCCUCUCUCUCCUCCCAACACCCUUACUCCCCCUCUCUCUCCUCCCAGCACCCUUACUCCCCCUCUCUCUCCUCCCAACACCCUUACUCCCCCUCUCUCUCCUCCAAACACCCUUACUCCCCCUCUCUCUCCUCCAAACACCCUUACUCCCCCUCUCUCUCCUCCAAACACCCUUACUCCCCCUCUCUCUCCUCCCAACACCCUUACUCCCCCUCUCUCUCCUCCCAACACCCUUACUCCCCCUCUCUCUCCUCCAAACACUCUUACUCCCCCUCUCUCUCCUCCAAACACCCUUACUCCCCCUCUCUCUCCUCCCAACACCCUUACUCCCCCUCUCUCUCCUCCAAACACUCUUACUCCCCCUCUCUCUCCUCCAAACACUCUUACUCCCCCUCUCUCUCCUCCCAACACCCUUACUCCCCCUCUCUCUCCUCCAAACACCCUUACUCCCCCUCUCUCUCCUCCAAACACCCUUACUCCCCCUCUCUCUCCUCCCAACACUCUUACUCCCCCUCUCUCUCCUCCAAACACUCUUACUCCCCCUCUCUCUCCUCCCAACACCCUUACUCCCCCUCUCUCUCCUCCUCCCCUAAAUACUCUCGCGUGCUAAUCUGAAUAGUUCACUGCCUCUUACUAAACGCUGCACUUUUAUGACGUAAGAGGCCUAGGUAUUCGAUAGGAUGGCAAUCUGCACAAAGACAGAGAUCACAACAUGGUGGAUUGAUAGGCGAGUCGACACUCCAUAUACGUCUACUGAUUAAGAUUAUGCAGAGAGAGAUGGACCACUGAGAUGGCUGCAGUCUGAGAAGGGUGAAAUAGCAAUGUCAGAUUUGGGAUGAAAUAAUAUUGAAAUCUUUGAAACACGUUUGCUCUAGCAUGCCUGGGGUUUUGCAGAUGGGCGUGGUUUGCAGUUAUGGCUCUAUUUUGUCCAUUAACCCAGGCCAGCUCAAUCAAGCACAGAUAAAGUAUUUGAAAUUAUUUAAAAUAUUAUUUGAGCCUAGGUCUGAUAUAACCAGUGGCCCUGGACACUACUCUUUCCCCUUCACAAGUUGAAUGUGGCAGGCAUUUCCGAAAGGUGACGAUUUGAAAGAAAACCAUUAAAAAAACUUCUUUUUUUUUUACAUUUGGAGAUUUGUGUUUAUGGUGAUGGUAGAUGCAAGAAGAAAGAGUUUUGAGUCAAUAUGUGUAAUUUGCUGUAGUUUGUUCCUGGAACCUUAUGUCAAUUAUAUACGUUGUAAGAUU